AUGAAUACCAACGCAUUGCGGGCGUAUUUUAGGGCGAAAGGGGGAGAAGUUGGAGGUUUUGCAUAUCGGGCUAGGAUGCAUUGUCCUUUUGGUGAGCUGGAGCCAUCUCUAACCGUCACAGAGCAAAACCUGCCAGGCCGAGUUCGGUAUAUCUUGCGCUCAAAUAUAUUAGAUGUUGCCGAACUCGAACGGCUACGACGGGAGGCUGUUCCCUCAUCGGAUAAAAAUGCUACGGCUGAGGAUACGGCGCCACAACUUGCAGAGCAACCCGCAAACAUAGACCCGCCGUGA